AUGUUGGUGGAGCCUACAUUGACGAAUACAUCGCCGAAUUUCGGCAAAUCACCAGACGAACAAAACGAGAUAUUGCAGUCUUUAGGCACACCUCACAUCGACUCCUUUAAUUACAUGUUGGAAGAUGGUCUUUUUCAAAAUUUAAAAGAUAGUACUCUGGUAUACUUAACUCUUCCUAAUGACGAGAAGGUAGUCCUCUGGUUGGACGAUGUACAUAUCUAUAAGCCUGCUGUUCCUUCUAAUACAAUUGGUGUGAAAACACAUAAGAUAUAUCCAUCAGAAUGUCGACAGAGAGGUGUCACUUAUAAGGGUAAAAUACUUGUGAGGAUUGGCUGGUCCAUCAAUGGUAAAGAGCAGGAGAUUCUCGAAAAAGAUUUAGGAGAAGUUCCAAUCAUGCUCAAGUCUAAUCGGUGUCAUUUGAACAAAAUGAGUCCUAAGGAAUUAGUCACUCAUGGCGAACACGAACAAGAAUGGGGUGGUUACUUCAUAAUCAAAGGUCUGGAGCGACUUGUACGUAUGCUAAUAAUGACAAGACGAAACUAUCCCAUCGCCAUCAAGAGGCCAACUUGGAAAGGUCACGGCGAGUUGUUCAGUGAGUUUGGUAUUCUUUUAAGAAGUGUUCGGGACGAUAACUCUACCGUCAACAAUACACUUCACUAUGUGAUUGAUGGUUCUGCAAAAUUUGCAUUUACAUACAAAAAGGCUACGUAUUACGUGCCAUUGAUAUUAAUGCUAAAAUGUUUGGUGGACGUAACUGAUGUGUACAUUUACAAAGCAUUGCUCGCUGGAUGCGAGGAUGAUCUUUAUUACAAUAACAGUAUCAUAAACAUGUUACGUGCCAUACAUGAAGAGGGUCUACACUGGCAUGAACAGUGUAAAGCUUACAUAGGAAAGAUGUUUAAAGUAAAAUUUUCUGAAUUGCCCACAGAUGCGACUGACAUAGACGUUUGUGAUUACAUUAUUAAAAAUUGUGUCGCUAUUCAUCUUGACGAGCUUGCCGAUAAGUUCCACUUACUUGUGUUUAUGACUAAAAAAUUGUUUGCUCUUGCGAAUAACAAGUGUGCCGUUGAAGGUGCGGAUUCCGUGAUGAUGCAGGAAUGUUUAUUGGGCGGGCACUUAUAUCUGCAAGUUCUCAAAGAGAAACUAUCCUAUUGGCUGAUUAGUGUUAAGCAUCAUAUUCUCAAACGUGCCAAGAGUGCUGGUAAUAGAUAUACUUUAAGUGUGCAGGAAAUGUUGAACGUCACUAAAUUUCGGAGCAAUGUUGAUUCACAAAUGGAGUAUUUCUUGUCCACUGGAAGUGUAAGGUCGUCUUCUGGUUUGGGACUUAUGCAAACCUCUGGUCUCACGAUUAUUGUAGAAAAUAUCAAUAGAAUGCGUUAUAUGAGUCAUUUUCGUGCAAUACACAGAGGCGCGUUCUUCCAAGAAAUGAGAACUACUGAAGCUAGACAAUUGUUGCCUGAUGCUUGGGGAUUUAUUUGUCCGAUUCAUACGCCAGAUGGUGCUCCAUGCGGAUUGCUCAAUCACUUGACAAUGAAUUGUAUUGUUACAAAACAUCCAGAUGCAAAAUUAAAAGCCGCAAUACCGGCAGUACUGGUAGACCUCGGAAUGGUUCCGUUAUCUAUCGCGGAUGAGUGGAAAAAUUCGUAUAACGUAAUGUUAGAUGGAAAAUUGAUUGGCUUGAUAGAGGACAAAAUUAUUAAUAAAGUAGUAUACAAGCUAAGAGUACUUAAGAUAAAGGGUAAAGAGGUACCAUCUACAUUGGAGAUUGCACUAGUUCCAAAGAAAAAUGGUCCAACUCAGUAUCCAGGAUUAUUUUUAUUUACUAGCGCGGCUAGAAUGAUGAGACCAGUGAUAAAUCUAGCCACGCAAAAGAUUGAAUUUAUAGGAACAUUUGAACAGAUUUACUUGGAGAUUUGUGUGAGACCUAACGAAGCAUACGAAGGGUUGACGACACAUCAAGAAGUAAGCCAAACAACAAUUUUCAGCAAUUUAGCUAACCUUAUUCCGCUGCCGGAUUGUAAUCAGAGUCCAAGAAACAUGUACCAGUGUCAGAUGAGUAAACAAACAAUGGGUACACCAUGCCACAAUUGGCAACUGCAAUCCCAAACGAAAUUAUACAGAUUGCAAACGCCUAGUACACCACUUUUUAGGCCUGUACAUUAUGACAAUAUUAACAUGGAUGACUUUGCAAUGGGUACCAAUGCAAUAAUUGCUGUUAUCUCAUAUACGGGAUACGAUAUGGAAGAUGCAAUGGUUAUCAACAAGUCGUCGUACGAACGUGGUUUUGGACAUGGAACGAUUUACAAGUCCGAGUUUGUUGAUUUGAAUGAUAAAAAGAGUUAUUUCAGCCGCGAUCCAGAUAAACCUGACCUUGUAAAAACGAUAGAUGUUGAUGGUUUGCCUAUGCCAGGUAUUACUAUUAGAGAAGGAGACGCGUAUUAUUCCUAUUACGAUGCUGAUAAUGCCCAAUAUGUCAUUGGAAAAUAUAGAGGAACAGAAACCGCCUAUGUUGACAAUGUAAAAUUAUGUGGUUCAUUAAAUAAUCAAGAUCCCCGAAGAGCGUGCAUUACAUUCCGUGUUCCUAGAAAUCCCAUUGUUGGAGAUAAAUUCGCGUCAAGAGCAGGACAAAAAGGAAUUCUUUCGCGGCUGUAUUCCGUCGAGGAUUUGCCAUUCACAGAGACCGGAAUGAUUCCCGACAUUAUAUUUAAUCCGCACGGUUUCCCGAGUCGUAUGACAAUAGCUAUGAUGAUCGAGGUAAUGGCUGGGAAAUCAGCUGCUGUGCAUGGUUUAGUUCACGAUGCCACGCCCUUUAGAUUUAACGAAGAGAACAUGGCCGUGGACUACUUCGGAAAAUUAUUAGAAUUAGGCGGUUAUAAUUAUUAUGGGACCGAAAGAAUGUAUUCAGGCAUUUAUGGGUGCGAGAUAACAGCCGACAUCUUUUUUGGCAUCGUGUAUUAUCAGAGAUUGCGACAUAUGGUUUCUGAUAAGUGGCAGGUGAGAAGUACCGGACCGAUUGAUCAGCUCACAAGACAACCCAUUAAAGGUCGUCGACGUGGUGGCGGUAUUCGAUUUGGAGAAAUGGAACGAGAUGCCCUAAUUUCACAUGGUUGUUCAUACUUGCUCCAAGACCGUCUUUUUCAUUGUUCCGAUAAAAUAACAACAUUAGCGUGUCAAAAGUGCGGCUCAUUACUUGGACCAGAAUUAAUAGUGAAAAGUAGAAUUGAUGACGACGAUAAAAAGUGUCGUUUAUGCGGUGAGGAAGAUACCGUAGAAGAGAUCGAAAUUCCGUAUAUCUUCAGAUUUCUUUUAAUACAACUGGCGUCUUGUAAUAUAAAUAUUAAACUGAAAUUUAGGCGAGUUUAACCAAUUAUAUUGUAUCUGUAUAUAAUCUCUGUAUAUAAUGUGAACGUAUAUAUCGCGUGUACAAUUUCUCAACAGAAUAAAAUUUUAUUUUUUUUAAC